AUGCCAUCAUGUCAAAGCAAGAACCCUCCACCUGAUCCUGUAGUCCCAUCCAGUUCUAGUAUGGAUCCCAGCUCCAGCAAGUGGUCCAACUGGUCCAGCCAUAACAACCAUGAUUUGACAGAUAGCCUUUCUGCUGGUGUCAAGACAUAUGACCCCUGGGUUGCUAAUAAUGCAGAGGACAUCGAGGAUGUCAUUGCAGAUAUAAAGGAGAAAUCCCAAAACAGCAGCCCAUUACCUUGGUUGAUGAACAAGGAGUUUGCAUUGAAGUUGACUCAUCAUCACGCAGUGCUUCAAGUAUCACCAAGUUUCAUGGGAGGCAGGCUGCAUAAUCACUUCAUAUCUACAGCUUGUCCUGACCCAUUGUAA